AUGUUUGGUGUGCUGAUCAAUAAUUGUUAUGUUACUGAUGGUUUUGGAAAGAAAGCCGAUGUAAUCGAUGAUAAAGGAUGCCCAGUGGAUCCAAUCCUCAUCACUGGAAUACGGUACUCCUCAGAUCUUCAGCGAGCAUAUGCUGAGUCCUCGGUUUUCAAAUUCGCCGAUAAACCAGGUGUAUGGUUCUUCUGCCAAAUACAGAUGUGCAUGAAGAAAGCUGGAAUGUGUCACGGUGUUACGCCACCUGCUUGUGCCAGCACAGCCCCUCCUAUAGAGGGUGCGUAUACAUAA